AUGAAAUUAUUUACUGUCAAUAAUAUUAUUUUCCCAAUCUUAAUUGGUAAUGCGUGGGCAUCGUACCUCCUACAUAAUGAACUGAUUGGAAAGAUCAAAGAAUCAGAAGCUAUCGCCAUCGGUGCCAUGUCAACUAAUCAAGAGAUAUGCCACAAUAAAGAGCAUAACAUUAAAAAACAAGAUGAUCUUAUUAAUUUAGCAAGAAAAUGUGGCGAGAUCUACGGAAAUUUAGUUAUUUCAAGCAAUUAUCAAGAAAAGAUCGUUAAUCUUGAUGAUAUUGAAAAGAUCCGCGGAGAUUUCAAAGUGCAAGACUCAUCCAGUAUAGUCUCGAUCAGUGCCCCCAAACUUGAUACUAUUGGUGGAAAAUUUGAAUUAAAGAAUUUAACUUCUUUAAUUUCCUCAAAUACAGGUCUAUUAAAAAAUGUCAAGAGUGUUGAGUUUGUCACACUUCCAUUAUUGAAGGAGGUCUCAAUUAAUAACAACAUCAAAAAAAUGAAUAAGAUUGUUAUUUCAGACACUUCAUUGAAAUCAGUUGAUUUUUUUGGUAACAUUGAACAAGCUAACCAAGUAGAAAUUAAUAAUAACAGGUACUUAGGAAGAAUUGAACUAAAGAUCGAAACUGUUAAUGAUAAAUUAAACAUAUAUUCGAAUGCCGAUGAUACAAAUAUUCAAUUACCAAAUUUGCAAUCUACUGGUGAUCUAUCAAUUAGAAAUGCGGGAUCAUUUAAUUUACAGAAUCUGGAAUAUGUCAAUAAAUCCCUAGAUAUUAUUGAAAAUUCUAUCACUGAAUUAAACCUCAAAAAUUUGAAAAAAAUAUCAGGAACAGCUGCUAUCAUCGAUAACUCAAAGUUAGAUGAAAUACACAGCGGGAACCUUACCCAUAUAGAAGGUGGUUUAUUAGUGAUCAAUAAUGACAACUUAAAAAUCAUGGAUUUCUUACCGGCAGUUCAUACAAUUGGGGGUGCCGUUAAAUACGAUGGAACAUUUGAUGAGGUUUCGUUCCCAAAAUUGAAGGUAAUCAAAGGUGGAGCAAGUUUUGUAACCGAAUCAAAGAAAUUUAAUUGUACUGCAUUACUCAAUCCAUUUAUCGAACGUAAUAUUAUUAGAGGUGAAAAUUUAACAUGCACAUCCAAUUUAAAGGGAGAAGACAAAAUUAAUCAACAUAACAGUAGCAAAAUAUCUUACAGAACCUUAACCAGUGGUUCAUCCCAGUCAACAAGUACAGGCAAACUAUCAUCAAAUGGAACAGAUCAUAAUGAAUCAUUAACAUCUAUAUCUUCUACACCUCAAAAGACUGUUAGCGCUGGGAAGAUGAAAAAUAAAAACGAUGCAUUCAGAUCAUCUAGCGUCGCUGUCACAAACAUGAUAGUAUGGUUUUUAUUUCCUUUCCUAUUUUUCUGCACAUUAUGA